AGCAGGGCCAGACGUAUGUCACGCAUCAGGACCCAGCUGCCCAGGAAGAGCUGGGCUCCUCUGUGGAACCUCCAGAACCUGACCAUCCUGAUCACCGUGGUCGUGUUUGUGGUCGUGGUCAUUGUGUGGUCACUGCUCUGGGUCUUCAUAUUUCGCAGGGAGAGCAACAGCGGAGUGUAUUUUGCCGGAAUGUUCCGUGUUGCCAAUGUAGAUUUUAUCCCCGAAUACCGCCAGGCAGAGUCCCAUGAGUUUGUUUCCAUGGCAAACAAGAUACAGCACGUGGUGAGCAGUGUGUACAGAAUGUCCUCAGUGUCUAAACUCUACAAACUCACCACCAUAUCAGACCUCAGUGAUAACAAGGGUGGUCUGCUGGUGCAUUUCUGGAUGGUGUUUGUGGUGCCGAGCCUGAAGACUCCAGCCGUGUGUGAGGAGUGUGUAGGAGCUAUCCUCAGAGACUCAGUCCUCACCAGCCUGAAGAACAGGUCCUCUAUAGGGUACCUUCUGACCCUGCCCGUAGAUAUAGAUUCCAUACUCGUUAAUGCUGCUCUACGAUCAGAUUACACAUCAAUUGCAGCAGGCUCUCAGUGUGUGGACAAGCUAUAUGGCAGCCUGCCAGGCUCCAGUGUUCCCCUAAACGUCUACUCAUCAUGGGGAGGUCUGAGCUGCUACGUCAAGCUGACGUCUACCCCUGACUCUCUGAUCCGCCUCACCAUUACAUCCCUGCUCAUUGAGCCCAGCGACUGUGUCAGCGACGCCCUCACCGUGUACGACGCCCUGCUGCCCAUGAGGGGGCGCACUCUCUACAGGGUGUGUGAGCCGGUGUCCCAGUCCCUGUCUCUGGUCUCCACAUCCAACGUCAUGCUGCUGUCCUUCAGGAUGACCCAGGGCAACAAGAACUUCAGAGGACACUUCCAGGCCAUCGCUGAGGAACAACGUGUGACUGACAUAGAGACCCAGGCAGAGCCAGGUUUCUCUGGUCAGAUCUCCAGUCCCUUCUACCCCAGCCUACUGCCCCCUCAGUGCUCCUGCACAUGGAGGUUUAAGACCCCCCACAGUGCUCUGGGAGUAGCUCUGAAGUUCCAGAACUAUGUCCUGAAGCUGAAGGACAUAACGGCCUGUGAGCAUGGCUGGUGGAAGGUCAAGGAGAUAAUAUACUGCGGCAGCUACAUAGGCCACACCACAGUGUUCCGUAUCCCUGACCAAAACGCUGAGGUGGAGUUCCGCAGCAGCUCCCGGAGCUCUGACCAGCCCUUCCAGGCCGAAUCCAGUAGCUUCAACAUCAGCCAACCGUGUGCAGAGGGCCAUUUCCUGUGCUCCACAGGGCUGUGUGUGGAGAAGACCCGGCGCUGUGACGGUCUGGACGACUGUCAGGAUGAGAGUGACGAGGUCUUCUGCGCAAGGCCUAGUAAGAACUGUGGAGGCUCCAGUCCUCUUCACCCACUGUACAUGUGCAACGGAGAGAGAGACUGCAUCGACGGCAGGGACGAAACCAACUGCACUCUGGAGACGAGCUGCUCUGACAUCAGGUACAGGUGUAACAGUGGGUCCUGCAUCCUGAAAAAGAACGCCAGGUGUGACGGAAUCAUCGACUGCACAGACCACAGUGACGAGAGGGACUGUGCCUGUGGCCGGCCCUCUCCUGUGAAGAAAGUGGACUCGGCCUCGGGUCUUCGGGUGGUAGGUGGAGUCAAUGCCCUGGAGGGGGAGUGGCCAUGGCAGGUCAGCUUGCACUUCUCUGGCUACCUGUACUGUGGAGCCUCUGUCCUCUCUUCUGAUUGGCUCAUCUCAGCAGCACACUGCUUCAGCAGGGACAGGCUGUCAGACCCGCGCCAGUGGAGCGCCCACCUGGGAAUGCUGUCCCAGGGUAGUGCCAGGCACGUGGCAGAGAUUCAGCGCAUCGUUGUGCACAAGUACUACAACGGGCUGACCUUUGACUAUGACAUCGCCCUGUUGCAGCUGAGGAACCCCUGGCCCUCCUCCCUCAGCUCCCUCAUCCAGCCUGUGUGUCUGCCGGCCACCUCACAGACCCUCACACAAGCACACCGCUGCUGGGUCACAGGCUGGGGGUACCGCUCUGAGGAGGAUAAGACCCUUCCCACAGUGUUACAGAAGGCGGAGGUGUCCGUCCUGGAUCAGAGUGAAUGUAAAAGGAGGUACGGCCCCAUCUCGCCCCGCAUGCUGUGUGCCGGAGUCCCCUCUGGACAGCAGGAUGCCUGCAGGGGGGACUCAGGGGGUCCUCUGUCGUGCAGGGCCCCCGAGGGGCGAUGGUUCCUCACAGGCAUUGUGAGUUGGGGGGCGGGGUGCGGCAGACCCAGCCUACCAGGCGUCUACACCCGCGUUAAUAAGUUCACCACCUGGAUCCAGAGCCACAUCAUCACCUGA